AUGGCGGCGGCGGCGGUCGUACGCCAGUCGCCGGCGCUAAGGUUGGCGGCGAUGAUGGGGUAUCUGGGCGCCGGCUGCGGUCAAUGGGGGUCCACUCUGCAGCGCCGCCGCCGUCACGACGGCGGGUCACCGAUGGAGGAGGAAGAAGAGCCUCUUCCGGCGGAGUGGCGCAGAGCGGCGUACCCGAGCCUGAUCAAGCUGGCAAGUCGGCUGAAGAAUCUCGAUCGGGUCGACUCGAGGGUGAUCACCAUCGACGACGGCAUGCCCGUCGCCGACGCCGGCGUGAUCUCGCAGAUGCAGACGUUCAAGUCCCUCGCCAGCGCGUUCAUCUGGUCGGCCCCCUCUUUUUCUUCUUCUUUCUCCGCCGCCGCCUUCUUCUCCGGCGGCCCGGAGAAGAAGAGGGGGCCCAUGGCGCUGACCUCCCUCACCGGCUUGUGCGAUUUCCUCAGCAUCUCCGCCCAGCAGAGGAAGUCCAUCCGCCUGACCAUCUCCCCGCAGGUCACCCAGCACCACAUAUGGCGAGGCGCGGUUGAGGAGCUUCUCAGGAAUCUGGGGGCGGAGUCCCGAGCAGCAGCCCUCGGGCGGCGCCGCUCGCCGGCGCUGAGGAUGGCGGAGCAGAUCGCCGCCAGCUGCCUUCGUUUCUUGGCGGACGCCGAGCAAGAGACCACCCCUCUGUGGAUGAAGCUAUCCCCCGAGAAGAGGAAGAAGGAGGGGGACGAGAGGGAGCCCCUGGAGAUGCGACAAUGGGGGGAGGUGCUGGAAAUGUUCGGGCACCUCUCUGCGUGCCUCGCCGAGGAGGAGAAGCUCUGGGCCGCCGCCGCUCUGGGGAAGGUGGAGGCCAUGAAAGAGGGGCUCUACCAGAUAAAGGACCUCCUCGUGGAGAGGGAGAUUGGGUACAGGGAAGCCCGCCGCCAGGACAGCCUGGUUCAGAAGAGGCUCUCCAAGGGGCUCGGCCACUCCUCCAGGUGCCUCUUCACCCUCCUCGUCUACUACCUCUACGGCGCCGUCUCCGACCUCGAAGUGGACCUGUGCGGACUCUUCGGCGACGGCGCCGGCCGCCGCCGCGUGAGCGCCGGGAAGGUCCUGACGGCCGGUGACGAGAGGAUGGUCGGCAGCGCGCUGAAGCAGCUGGACAGGGUCCUCGGGGUUCUCAAGCUCGUGUGGGAGACGGCUGGGGAGAAGAGGGCGGCGCUCGACCUGCGAGGCCACAUCUGGUGGGUGGGCGCCGAGCCCAGGUCUCUGAUGUACAGGGGGAACUGGUUCUUCAUACACGACCUCAAGCUCUGA